AGCUUCGCUACCUCUGCUCAAGCAGCCACCACCUAUACACACAUACUCCAUCCAUGGCGGCGUCGGUAUCUUGCUCCUUCUUCUUCUUCGACGCCGAGCCGGUCGCCGAGCCCGCCAUGCCCGCGCAGGACGCGUGCGCGCUCUGCUCCAAGCAGCUCGCCCGCGACACCGACGUCUUCAUGUACAGAGGGGACACGCCCUUCUGCAGCCAGGACUGCCGCCACCACCAGAUGCGCCUCGACGCCAGGCAGGCCGCCAAGUCGGCCGCCCGGAGGCAGAGGCAGUUCUCGUCGUCGGCAACGGCGUCCGGGCGCGGUCACCGGGAGGAGUCCAGGGAGGUGCCCGUCGCGAGCUAACCGGCGAGAGUGCGAACCUGCGUACACCAGUGGCAUGGCAUGCUCCAAGUGCCGGCGCCUGCGUCGCCUAGGCCCCGGCGAUAUAGCUGAUUGAGCUGUCCCAGAUCGAUCUUUUAGCUUAGUAGCUAGAGCAAGUGACUUGCUUUGGCUGGAGAUCCCCGUUUUUGUUUUGAACCUUUGGGGUUGGGUAUGAUGAGGACUGAGGAGAGCCGGUGUGCAAGAACACCGUGGCUGUGUAA